CUUGAGGUCUCGUGAGUCAUUCGUUCGUAGCUUCUUCUCCAAGUCAGGGCACGAUUUCUCUUUAUCACUCUCCGAAAACCUAAAGUACAUAAUGUCCAGCUCGACGCAGAAUGGAUUGCAAUCGGGGAAACACAAUUCAAAUCGAUCUCCAGAAAGCAUGUUGGGUGAGGCAAGUCCGAUCACAUUCUCACGACCUCGUCUUCAGCCUCCAUUCAAGGAUCUGCCUCCUUGUGCGAUCCCUCACGAGUUCUCAACAUACAUUCCUCAAGGGAUUGCAGUUCGUGGCAGUUUAUGGCAAAGAGUGGUUAACGACCCUCGGUUUGAGUUCACGAAGCAAACUGAUAGCAGGCACCAUUUCUACAUGAAGCUCUUGCGUGGGUACUUUAAAGCAUUGAUGCCUUCCCUUAAGCUGAGUAAGGAUGGUGCUAGUACGGAGACGGUUCUCGACGAUUUUUUCAGUAUUCUCCUUUCUCAAGGGGAGAAGGAAAAGCAGGAUGGAGUGGAGAUGGGUGUGAUGGAGUUGCUCGCCUUUGAGUAUUUUGCAAACACUGCGGAGGAAGAGUUGCCACAGCCACCUGGAUACCUUACAAUGGUGAGGGAGAUCAUGAACCCACCAGGUACCUCCUCCGACCACUGCCUCUACCUGAGGAACCAGAAGCCCAAAGAAACCAAAUUGUCUAUGAAAUUUAUGAGACAAUCCUAUGCAUUUUUGAUGAGUGGUCAUCUUGCAACCACGACUCUGUGUUCACAACAAAAAAAUGGCGAACCAUCUCUUCCCUCGACGAAUCCAUGGACCAUGGCUUCUUUUAACCACUGUUGGCUCUCUUCUCCACUCGCCGAAACCCCCACUUUCUUCUUCUUCUCUCCAUCUCCACAACCAAAAUCCUUGAAACUCUCUGUUUUCCGAAACAAAUCUUCGCCGCUACCCAAUUCGUCAUCGCCGGACCGCUCGCCGGAGGUUGAGCUCGCCGUGGACCCCGUGAAGCUCGCACUGAAGAAAGCCGAAGCGUAUAAGAAAUCGAAAUCGGAGCUAAAAAAACCCGAGAGAAAUGCCGAGGAAUUGCUGAAGCUUGCUAAGCAAAAGGCCGAUGAUUACAAGAAGCAGAAAGAGCUUGGAGCUGAUGGUGUCACGGAAGCUAAACCCAGUAGUACAGAGCAGAGUUUUGUUAGAUCAUCAAAUAAGGUUGAUGAAGAAAACGAUGGUAAGAAGAAAGAGUUGAAAGUCUCCAGCAUCGAUUUCGUUGGGCUUGGCUUUGCUGAUAAGAAGAGCACAAGAGGGCUUCCACCGGGACUGGUUCCUGUCGUCGACUAUUUUCCGGGAGGAGACUUACCUGAGGUGGAGUUUAUUGUCGGUGAUAAAGCAAGAUUUGCGGAGACAGAGAAGGAGCUCGAGCAAGAAGGAAAUGAAAACUCUGAUGUAUACAAGCCUAAAGUCUCGACAUGGGGAGUAUUCCCAAGGCCUAGCAACAUCUCUAAAACGUUUGGUGGUGGAAGGACUAUCCAACCUGGGGAUUCAGUGGAAACCGCUGAAGAGAGGACUGCGAGAGAAGAACGGACAAAACAAUUGCUCACUGCCUACAAGGAAUCAAUCGGACUGAAUAUUGAUCCCAAACUCAAACUUGAGUGUGAGGAGGCACUAGAAAAAGGGAACUCGCUUAUGGAUUCGGGAAAACUCAAAGAAGCUUUGCCCUACUAUGAAAAGGUCAUGGAGAAAAUAGUCUUUAAGAGUGAGCUUCAUGGAUUAGCGGCUUUGCAGUGGUCUAUAUGUCAGGAUUCACUUCGAAAGGAAAAGAAGGCAAGGGGCAUGUACGAGAAGCUUCUAUCUCACCCAAAUCCAAGAGUGAGCAAGAAAGCGAGGCAGUUCAUGUUCAGUUUUCAGGCGAUGGAGAUGUUGAAGGUUCAGGGGUCGAGCUACAUGCAGAUAAACCCUGGCUAUGAGAAUUACUUUGAAGCCUUUGUCAAAAAAGACAAAAUUGAUUACAAAGCCAAGGAGGAAGAAGGAGAAGCUUUGGGAAUAAAUGAGACACUUCUUUAUGUGAUUCUUCUUGCAUCUCCGAUUCUGUUGAUCUUUAUUGUGGCUGCACAGAGAGGGAAUGUUCAC